AGUGCGGGCGCGCGUGCGGGCGCGCGUGCGGGCUCGCGGGCCGGCUGGUGUGUCUGGAGCCGUGGGAUGAGGAUGCUGGUGGAAGGGAAGAACAAACGGAAGAAAAAGGGAGGUGCGGAGGAAGGAGAACGCCCGGACGACGACGUUCGCGGGGCUCUGACCGGAGACUAUGUGGUUGGACAAGUCGCCAGCAGCUUGGUCCAGGGCAGGCGUCCCUCCGGAGACCGCGCAGCCCGGCUGGCGUCCCUCUUCAGCUCUCUAGAGCCUCAGCUUCAGCCCGUGUACGUGCCUGUGCCUAAAGAAACCACCAAGAAAAGGAAACGGGAUGAGGAGGAAGAAAGUACAUCUCAAAUUCAGAGACCACUUUUGCAAGAACCUUCAAAAUCACUGAAAGCAAAGAAAAAACUUUCUGAUGCAGACAAAAGGAAAAACACUCUAGCAAGUCGUGAUUUAGAAGAAGAAAUUCAUCAAAAACAGGAACAGAAAAGGAAUAAUUCUCAAUCUGGUAUUAAUGUAGCAGAUAAAAAAGUACUUGAUGUAGACCACAUAGUUUUAAAUCAAAGAAAGAAAAUUGAAAUCAACCAAGAAGAGGAGAGAUUAAAGAAUGAGAGAACUGUGUUUGUUGGGAAUUUGCCUGUCACAUGUAAUAAGAAGAAGCUGAAAUCAUUUUUUAGAGAGUAUGGACAAAUAGAUUCUGUACGAUUUCGUUCUUUGGUUCCAGCAGAGGGAACUUUGUCCAAAAAGUUGGCAGCAAUAAAACGUAAAAUUCAUCCUGAUCAGAAAUAUAUUAAUGCUUAUGUUGUGUUUAAGGACGAGAGCUCUGCUACAAAAGCCUUGAAAAGAAAUGGUACCCAAAUUGCAGAUGGAUUUCGUAUUAGAGUUGAUCUUGCAUCUGAGACUUCAUCUAGGGACAAGAGAUCAGUGUUUGUGGGAAAUCUCCCGUACAAAGUUGAAGAAUCUGCGGUUGAGGAACACUUUUUGGAUUGUGGGAGUAUUGUGGCAGUAAGAAUUGUGAGAGACCGAGUUACUGGAGUUGGCAGAGGAUUCGGUUACGUGCUCUUUGAGAAUACAGAUGCUGUUCAUCUUGCUCUGAAAUUAAAUAAUUCUGAACUGAUGGGAAGAAAACUGAGAGUCAUGCGUUCUGUUAAUAAAGAAAAAUUAAAACCAAAUUCAAAUCCCAGUUUGAAGAAUGUUGGUAAACCUAAGGAGGGACUUAAUUCCGCUUCAAAAAAUGUAGGACUGUGUAAAAAUUUGUUUAUUGGAGAAAAAGCUGUUCUCAUUAAGAAGAAGAGGAAGAAAGGACAAAAGAAAAGUGGACACGCUAAGAAACAGAAAAAACGGAAGUAACCACCCGAAGAUUAUUUAGUUCCCGCUGAGUACUGGUAAUAAAGGUGUGGUAAACCCA